AUGCUGCUGCUGUUGUUCCGCCCCGUAUACCAAUGCACUGUUGCCCUCCUGUGCCGCUCGCUGCCGGCGUAUCACCCGUGUCUCUUGUCCACCGAUUCUCCUCCCCCUUUCUUCACCGUUUUCUGCCACCUUGACGACGCCCUGCAUGCCAUGCGUCGUCGGUCGUGCUCCCUCCGCCGCCUCGAAGUCCACACAAAACGACGCGCACAUGCGAUCAUGGCCGAGCUAGCUAACCCCAACCCCACUGUGUUCGAGCCCACGCAUGACCCGCUCAAAGGCCGCACCGAUGCGGAGCGCGCGGCUGAGGAUGACGAGGACACGGAGGACCCCAUCGACGCAUGGGAGGUGUUCGAGAUGAUCCGCCGUAUCCGCGACCCUGAGCACCCCAACUCGCUCGAGCAGCUGAAAGUCGUCGAGCCCUCGCUCAUCACCGUCGAUUGGAAGAAGCGACACAUCCGUGUUCUCUUUACUCCGACGGUGCCGCACUGCAGCCUGACCACGCUGAUUGGUCUGAGCAUCCGUCUGCAGCUCGAGCGAUCGCUACCCGAGUACACGAAGGUCGACAUCUACGUCACCCCCGGCACCCAUGAGCAGGAGGCGCAGGUGAACAAGCAGCUCAACGACAAGGAGCGCGUGGCGGCCGCGCUGGAGAACCGCAAUCUGCUGAACGUGGUGGAGUCGUGCAUAAACGAGUUUGAUGAGUGA